GAAGAAUAACCUGGAUAAUGGAUUUUGUACCAGAUGCUCAAGAAGAUUUAGCAGAAAUAAGAAAAGUAAUCAAUGGAGAAACUACAGGAAUAUCUUUAAACUAUAAACCAGCAAAGGAAGCCUUUGAAAGACUUAAAGAAAAAAUAAAAAAGAGAAUAACUUUAGCUAAACCAAAUUACAAUAAUAUUAUAAUAUUAUCAUGCAAUGCAGGACCAGAAGCUUUAGGAGCAUGGAUAGAUCAUUUUUAUGCAGACCUUAGAUUAUCUAAAGGAAUACAAAUUUUAACAGAUAGUGAAAUCGCUUACAAAUUACAUAAAAAUGUGAUGACCAAGGAGAAAAUUACAGAAUCACCAAAAUUUCUACCAUUACUAAUCAAACAUAUAGAAUUAGAAAAAGAAAUUGUUUGGAUUAAAAGAGAUAAGAAUAAAUGGGCAGAUAUUAUGACAUGA